AUGGAAAAAUCAAGUUUUCCAUUAGAUGCUUUUGUUUCAAUCUGUAAUGUUUACAACAAAUAUUUAGUCAGAGAAGAUGUUAUUCGAGAAUAUAGACAAUUUAUUAAAUCCAAAAUUAAUUUAAAUUCUGGGAUUAUACCUGAUUUUGUACAUCCUAUACCUGAAGAAAACUCUGAUUUAUCUGAUAAUGAAUCAUCUAGUGAUGAAUCUGAAUACGUUUCUGAAAUUAUUCAUAAUGAUAAUUACGAGAGUAUGAGCAUCAUAAAGAUGUACGAGUUAUUUGUAAACACUGGACUUAUUACAGUAUUUCCAAAUUUAUUUACAAUAUUAAAAAUAGGAGUAACACUGCCAAUUUCAAGUGCGUCCCCUGAACGAUCCUUCUCCAAACUUAAAAUCGUCAAAACUAGACUUAGAUCAACUAUGUCGCAAAAUCGACUUGAAGACCUUAUGCUGAUUUCCUGUGAGACUGAUGUUGAUAUUAACACUGAAAAUGUUAUAAACAACUUUGCAAGAAAAUCGCCUGUUUUAACUAAAUCAUUAAUGUAUCAUUUAUGA